UAAACAAAUAACUUUUUCAGAUAACCUAUUAUAGAAAAAGCUAACGUGAAUUUGAGAAGGAUGAGUGAGGAAGAGCUAUCUUUGGUUCUUAAGUUUGACGAGCUAACGAGGAACUGUAAUGUUCUUCAAACCUCAGAUGAUGAACAGUUCUUGAGGUUUGUCCUAAACGCAGGCGUGAACCGGCGAAGAUGGGAGAACGCGGAGCUCGAAUGCCAGCGCCUUGGAAUAGAACUCGCGAAAGCUUGUCAGGAGAUAGGAGGGCUAGAGCACAAACUUUCUCAUGCUCGAACUAUGCUGGACAACGAGUUAAAUUUGCGGAAGAAGGCUGAGUUAGAGAGGGAUAGGUUGAGCUCCCAGCUCCUCCUUCUUCGCCAGCUCGUGAUGGAUGAUCAUCUUGUGGACGAGGUUAAGCUUAGUAAGAUUAAGCAUAUGGGAACCAUGGAUUUCACAAACGAUGCUUUCUCCUCUCCGUAUCCUAAUACGCCAAAAGGAAUUCUUAAGAAGUGUCACAUAGACGAGGAUAGUGUUCGGGACGUGGACGAUUUCAGUUUUGACGAUACAAGAGAUUUCCUUGACUCUUGCUCCAGGAUUGAUCUGAGAACAAGUACCAGGAAACGAUCUCGGAGUCGGGGACAUGAUAAUGCUGUUGGAAAUAUUCUGGAGAAUAUCGCUAGUCCUCGAAGCGAGAAUUUCAACAUCAGAAAGCGCACCCGUCGGUCCCGUAGUAUGGCCGUUCUUGAAGAUACACGUGAGCAACCUGUCAUUGAGGAACCUGAACCUAGACCCAGAGCAAACAGUCUUUUUGACAAGAGUGAGGCUCCUAAAAGUUUUUCUAACUCUCCUGCGCCCUCCUCCGGACAUAUUCUCUCACAUAAAACGAUGAUCAAGUCUGAGAAAUGUAUUGUGUGUGACAAGAGGAUAAAGUUUGGAAAGAUCGCCUACAAGUGCGGACCAUGUCGCAUCGUUUUUCACACAGAGUGCUCAGAUCGUGUACCGAUUUGCUCCAAAAGAGGAUCGCCGGAGGUUUGUCGAACUCCGCGGACAGAGAGAAAUAGAUCUCCAACCAAGAAGCCGUAUUUUGCAUCUCCUAUGCUUCGUUAAUUCCGCAGCUAACUACUCAGUACCCAAACUUUUCAACCACCAAAGUUAUUUAUUUAGUAAACAAUCACGUCUUUCUUAAUCUUUAUUUAUACAUAUGUCGUGUUGUAUCUAAAUCACUAGUUCAGAAUCGCCGUAAAUUUUAAUUUUUAAAUAUUUGUAUA